CCCGGGCAGCCCUUCAAGUUCUCGGUGCUGGAAAUCUGCGAGCGAAUCAAGGAGGAGUUUCAGUUCCUGCAGGCGCAGUACCACAGCCUGAAGCUGGAGUGUGAGAAGCUGGUGAGCGAGAAGACAGAGAUGCAGAGGCAUUAUGUCAUGUACUACGAGAUGUCCUACGGCCUCAACAUUGAAAUGCACAAGCAGGCAGAGAUUGUCAAAAGGCUGAGUGCCAUUUGUGCCCAGAUCAUUCCCUUCCUGACACAGGAGCACCAGCAGCAGGUCCUGCAGGCAGUGGAACGGGCCAAGCAGGUGACCAUGGGCGAGCUCAACACCAUCGUCGGGAGCGUUUCAUCUUCCCCUGCCGAGAGCCUGCCGGACGAGGAGCGCACGGGGCUGAAGAGGAAAAGGGAGGAGAAGGAGCUGCCUGGGCAUUCUGACAGCGAUGGGGACAAGAGUGAUGACAACCUGGUGGUGGAUGAGCACGGCCGCUCACCCCUGGUGGCAUUUGAGUCUCACCCUCACCUGAGGGCCUCCACCCUCUCCUCUUCAUUCCCCACCAUCCCUGGAGGGAAAGCUGCCUACUCCUUCCACGUCAGUGCAGACGGGCAGAUGCAGCCGGUGCCUUUCCCCCCCGACGCCCUGCUGGNGAAUUUCUCAUUAUGGCCACUCGACUGCCUGAACCGGGACAACUACAUCCGCUCCUGCAAGCUGCUCCCCGACGGGCGCAGCCUGAUCGUGGGGGGGGAGGCCAGCACCCUGUCCAUCUGGGACCUGGCAGCCCCCACGCCCCGCAUCAAGGCUGAGCUCACCUCCUCUGCCCCCGCCUGCUACGCCCUGGCCAUCAGCCCUGACGCCAAAGUCUGCUUCUCCUGCUGCAGCGACGGCAACAUCGUGGUGUGGGACCUGCAGAACCAGACCCUGGUCAGGCAGUUUCAAGGCCACACAGACGGUGCCAGCUGCAUUGACAUCUCCAACGAUGGCACCAAGCUGUGGACAGGGGGCCUGGACAACACCGUGCGCUGCUGGGACCUGCGGGAGGGCCGGCAGCUGCAGCAGCACGACUUCAGCUCCCAGAUCUUCUCCCUGGGCUACUGCCCCAUGGGAGAGUGGCUGGCCGUGGGCAUGGAGAGCAGCAACGUGGAGAUCCUGCACGUCACCAAACCCGACAAGUACCAGCUGCACCUCCACGAGAGCUGUGUCCUCUCUCUCAAAUUCGCCUCCUGUGGGAAGUGGUUUGUGAGCACGGGGAAGGACAACCUGCUCAACGCCUGGAGGGCGCCCUAUGGAGCCAGCAUCUUCCAGUCUAAGGAGUCCUCGUCAGUCCUGAGCUGUGACAUCUCUGUCAACGACAAAUUCAUCGUGACGGGCUCUGGUGACAAGAAGGCCACAGUGUAUGAGGUGGUUUACUGACUGCUGUCACCAUCAGCAAUGGGGACACACCUUGCCCAAUGCCACCAUGGCUCACAGAGGCCUCCAGUGCUGGACCUGCCCUCCUGCAGCUCUACUUUCCCUCAUCCUCCACUGCUGUCUGCACCAAACCAAGGCUCCAGCCCCAUCUCCUGCCCUGGUUCCUGCAGGAGGUGAGGGCUGGGUGUAGCCUGGCACCUCCUGAGGCUGGGCAAGGGCUGGGCUGGGCAUCCUGGGUUCUGUCUGUCCUGCAGGGAGCUGGACCGAGCCUGAGAGCCUGUGUCUCCUGAGUUACUGCUACUGACUUAACAGCACCCAUUUUCUGCUGCACAAACAGCUGUAAAUUAUCAGUAAAGAAAUGUAUUUAAAUAUGUUUUCAAUCCCUUACUAAUAAAAAUGAACAAAAGAA